AUGAUGACAGAAGACCACAGUGACCUCGAGGCCCAGAUCGUGAAGGACAUUCACUUCAAGGAGAUUGACUUGGUGAAUAGGGACCCCAAGAACAUCAAUGAGGACAUAGUGAAGGUGGACUUUGAGGAUGUGAUCGCUGAGCCUGUAGGCACCUACAGCUUCGACGGUGUGUGGAAGGUCAGCUAUACCACCUUCACCGUGUCCAAGUACUGGUGCUACCGCCUGCUGUCCACGCUGCUGGGCGUGCCACUGGCACUGCUCUGGGGCUUCCUGUUUGCCUGUAUCUCCUUCUGCCACAUCUGGGCAGUGGUGCCCUGCAUCAAGAGUUACCUGAUCGAGAUCCAAUGCAUCAGCCACAUCUACUCCCUCUGCGUGCGCACCUUCUGCAACCCCGUCUUCGCCGCCCUAGGCCAGGUGUGCAGUAGCAUCAAGAUCUUGCUGCGGAAGGAGGGAUGA